UUUCAUCAUAAGACCUGGGGGUCGGAGCGUCAGUGUCUAGUUGCCCUGCUGCCGCGUCCCUAGUCUCUCGGCUCUCGACCAUCCGACACUGCCGGGAGUUCGGUUGCCGCUGUUGCCUCCCCUGGGCUGGGACCAUGUCGCGUAGCUGCCGUCUUUCUCUCCCCCUCCUCACCCGAGGCUCGGCCUUUGCUUUGCUCUGCCUCUUACUAGGAACUAUCGAGAUUGGUGCAUUGAAUCUCACUUUGAACAACUCUCACAAUGCCACUUGUCUGCAUGCCCAUUGGCAGAUGAAUUUCACAAUAAAAUAUGAAACUCUAAACCAUGGCCUUAAAAACGUAACGAUUCAGGUCCCCAGCAACGCAUCGUACAGCGGAAGUCAUUGUGAUACUGGUGACAAUGUCUCCCAAAUUAAAGUCCAGUUUGGAUCAUCUUUCUUUUGGAAUGUGAAUUUUACCAGACAGAAUUCUGUUUAUUUCAUUGACACCAUCUGCUUUUCCUACGAUACCAGCGAUAAUGACACUUUUCCUGAUGCCAAAGUGAAAGGAAAAGUUAGCACCACUUUUGAGGUCGAUACAGUUGCGAUCCCAUUGGACGAACUCUUCAGAUGCCAUAGCGUAGUGACAGUAACAGAAGAAAAUGUCACCCACAACUAUUGGGAUGUCUUCGUACAAGCUUUUAUCCAGAAUGACACAAUCAGCACCAAAGAGUACGUCUGUGACAAAGAUGUGUCAACUGAAUCAACAACUGCCCUUACUACUGUGCCUAUUACUACUUCAAAACCUAUCCCUGAAGAAAGACCCCAUCCUGGUACCUAUUCUGUUCAAAAUGGGACUGCUAUUUGUCUCUUGGCUACCAUGGGGCUGCAGCUGAACAUCACCAAAGAUAAGGUUACUUCACUUUUGAACAUUAGCCCCAAUACAACGAAUUUUGAUGGCGUGUGUCUUAAGGAAUCAGCCAUGCUUUGGUUGAAUGACAGCAACAACUACCUUGAAUUUCUCUUUGCUAUGAAAAAUGGCAACCGGUUCUAUCUGAAAGGGGUGAAUGUCAGCUUGACUUUUGUAAACGGUUCUGAUUUCGUUGCUGCAAAUAACAGCCUUAACUAUUGGGAUGCCCCAAUAGGAAGCUCUUACAUGUGCAACAAGGAAGAAGCUAUUGCCAUUUCUGACGCCUUUCAAAUAAAUACUUUUGAUCUAAGGGUACAGCCUUUCGAUGUGGUGGAAGGAAAGUAUUCUACAGCUGAAGACUGCCGUGCAGACGAUGACCGAUUCGUUAUACCCAUAGCAGUGGCAGCGUCAUUGGGAGGAUUAGUUGUACUGGUGCUGUUGGCUUAUGUUAUUGGUCACAGAUACUGGAGUACCGAAUAUGAGCACUUUUAGCACCUGGAUUGACCCUGUCCCAAUUUGGCAGCAUGUUUGCCACGUAAUCAAAAGAAAGUGGUUUCUUAAGUGAUUAUUAGUUCAAGCUAUUUUUAGGGAGAAAUAACAGACCCAAUAUUUUAAAAGGGAACAUUUCUAAUGAAAGCUGUACUAUUUAUAAAACUGCCAAUCAGAAUAGCUCGUCCACAUUCAGUGCUGAAAUGAAUGGUUCUGCAAUCUUAGCCAAGCUUUGAUCAGAAGUUCAAGUGCCUUAAACUAUUAUGAAUGUGGGCACCAUUUGAAUAAAAUAUGUACUUGUGUAUAAAUGAAACGAUGGACUUGUUUCCCUGCCAGUAUUUUCAUGUAUUGAUGUGUGAGCUCUUGUGAUUAAAGCUUCAUUUUCA